AUGAGACAGUUUAGCAAAUUAAUAUUGAAUGCAUGUGAAAAUGUGAAAUGUAAACUGGGUGAAAUGUGCACAGAUGGUAAAUGCAGCUGCCUUGAUGAUUGUCCAUCUGAGUGGAACAGUUACAAUAGACAGUUGUGCGUAGACGGCGUAACCUACAGACAUGAAUGUGACCUAUGGAGAAAUCAAUGUUAUUGUCGAUCAGGUGAUUCAAGAUGUGGUGGUGAACAGUUCAGUAAUCAUAGGGCCAAUGAAAAUUCUGCUAUCAAGUAUUACGAUGAAUGUCGUGAUCUUAGUGGUUUGUGUGACUGGGAUCAAAAUGAAAGCACAUUCGCUCUUCGACUUGGAAUGUGGUUUCAGGAGUUACUACGUCAAAAGUGGUCUUCUUCAUCUUGGUCAAAUGACGACGAUAGUCUACUUCGUCCAAUGGAUACCAAAGCAAGAAGUACAACAAGUAAACUGGUCUCACAAAAUUCACCUCAUGAAAGAGUCAAUGGAGGAGUUAUCAGUUACUGGUUCUGUGAACUUGAUCGAAGAAACAGAGGAUCAUUACAACAAGAUGAUUUGAAUGCCUUGUAUCAGCUGUUAUUACCGUCAACACCAUGCCUAGAAGUAUUUAUUAAUCGUUGCUCUGGUUCUGGGGGAAUAUCAUUCGACCAGUGGCAUAAUUGCUUCGAUAUACCUUCGGAAGAACGAAUGCAAUGCAGUGAGUUCAAAUAG